AUGGCCCGGCCACCCUAUCAGCGGCCCCGCCACCCUACCUCGGCCCCGCCGCCUCACUCAGCGGCCCCGCCACCCUACCUGCGGCCCCGCCGCCUCACUCUCGGCCCCGCCGCCUUACUCAGCGGCCCCGCCACCCUAUCUGCGGCCCCGUCGCCUCGCUCUCGGCCCCGUCACCUGCUGCAGUGCUGCCCGCCACCCGAGCCGUCUCACCCGGCCGAGCAGCCGACCGCCGCGCCGCCCUACAGCAGCACAACCGAGCCGCCAGGCAGCAGAGCAGCCGAGCCGCCCAGCAGCCGAGGCGCCCAGCAGACGAACCGCCCAGCAGCCGAGCUGCCCAGCAGCCGAGCCGCCCAGCACGCGAGCCGCCCAGCAGCUGAGCCGCCGAGCCGCCGAGCCGCCCAGCAGCCGAGCCGCCGAGCCGCCCUACUUCCGAGCCGCACGACCUGCCCAGUCUGGGCAGACGGCCUCUCUCUCUUUGACCUCACCUCUGGCGCUUCCCCUGCCCCUGGUGCUGAUGCUGACGCCACUGUUCGCUCCCAGUGGGCCACGCGCGACGCUGCUGCACGUCUUGCUGUGCGUCGCCACCUCCCUACCUCCGAGCGUGCGCACUUUAGUCAGUACAAGAGUGCUCAGACCUUGGGUGUUCCCCCUCCCCCCUUCUGCCCUCUGUUGCCUCUGCUGCUACGGCCGACCUCCUUGGUCUUGAGUCGGUCGGUGCGGCGUCAGCCCCUAGCGGGAGAUGCCGCCCUGGCAAGGGCAAGGAGGGAAAGGGCGCUGGAGGAGCGAGCGGGUGCGGUGGAGGUGGAGGUGGCGGCGGUGGGGGGAGUGGGGGUGGCGGUGGUAGUGGAGGUGGGGGUGGAGGGGUCGGUGGCGGCAGUGGAGGCGGAGGCGGCGGCGGCGGUGGCGGUGGGGGCGGAGGUGGCGGAGGUGGCGGUGGUGGAGGCGGAGGCGGAGGCGGCGGCAGUAACGGAGGCGGCGGAGGCGGCGGAGGCGGCGGGGGUGGCGGUGGAGCUGGUCGCGGGUCUUCGUAGAGGAGUGGCUCCGGUGGUGGCUCGCGCCAGCAGCAGCAGCGCGGUUGUGAGACCCUGUCCCCUCAGCAGCUCCGUGAGUGGUACACUGCACACCAGCAAGUGUGGGGGAGCCCACCCCACCCAGCGCUGCUUUGGCCGCCUGACGGACGCGUGGCGUCACCACUUCCCGGAGGCCUCAGAGAUCCCUCGCUGGGGCGAGCUGUCUAGGGCGGGUGUUGCCAUCUAUGAUCUUGACUUUGAUGCUAUUCUCUCUGCCAUGUAUGCUGUGUCUAUUAGUGAUGAGGGUGACUGUUACCGGUGUUUCCCGCCCGAUCCGGGCAUUGAGACUGCUGCUCUAGGUACUGGUGAGGCGGCUGCCCUAGGUGCUUGCGACGCUGCUGCUCUAGGUGCUAGUGUGUCUGCGUCCUCAGGUACUGGUGAGUCUGCGCUCUCAGGUACUACGUCGACUUCGGCCUCCCUCACCUUCACCAUUGAGUUUGGGGCGUCUCGCUCCUUCUUUCGGGACCGCACCACACUCACGCUGCUAAGUCGGCCGGUUGCAGUGUCUCUGGUUGACCCCUCUGGGGGUCCUGUCCUUUCUCGCUUCUCCACAGUCCUCCCGUGUCCGGCGGCUCCCUCUGGCACCCUGGCUGGUCUCUACCUCCCCUCGUUCUCUACGAACCUGGUGAGUGGUGCUGACUUACAGGAUGUGGGUGUACACCAGCUCACUCCUGCGCGUCAGCGGGUGACGCACUGUACAGAGGCUAGCACAGGCCGACACCUGGCUACGUUUACCCGUCAGCCGGGGUCGAGCCUGUACACACUGACCACUGCGUCUCCUCCCGUUGCUGAGUCUGGUAGGGUCGCUGCGUCAGGCCAGCUGUUUGCUGCAGCGUCCAGGUCUGGUCUUGAGUCUGCCCCCUGUUCGUGUCGUCUCCUGUCUCACGAGACUCUCCUCUGGCACCACCGUCUUGGUCACCCCUCUCUGCUUUGGCUCAGAGGCAUGGCCUCCCGUCUUCUAGUGUCUGGUCUCCCCCGGUCCCUCCCUCCCCUUCCUCAGGGCCCUGGCCCUACCUGUGUCCCCUGUGUCGAGGGGCGCCAGCGUGCUGCCCCUCACUCCUCCCAGUUUCAUCCGACAGAGGCCCCGUUGCAGACGCUUCACAUGGACGUGUGGGGCCCAGCCCGCGUCCGUGGACAUGGUCACGAGCGCUACUUCCUGCUCGUUGUUGACGACUACUCGCGUUACACCACAGUCUUCCCCUUGCGCAGCAAGGGUGAUGUCACUGAGGUGUUGAUCGACUGGAUCCGCGCAGCUCGUCUCCAGCUCAGGCAGAGCUUUGGCUCGGACUUUCCUGUUCUGCGUCUGCACUCGGACAGAGGCGGAGAGUUCUCCUCUGGCCUUCUGCGAGCCUACUGUCGUGCACGAGGCAUCCGUUAG